AAGUGUUUUGAUUCAUUGUAUUAAAAUUUGGAAACCGUUUUUCACAGACUCCGAAUAGUUGUGUUGACCUCGCAUUGACGACAUUCAUUCUUUCUCUCUUUAUCGUCUCUCCGCUUUCUCAACCAAGUGUAGUAUAUUUCAAGAAAUUGUGUGAUUUUCAUCUAUCAAGUUUGCAUUUUUCAUAUUCUGACUCAAGUAGUAUUGAAGAUGGGGAAAAGUAAGACAGUUGAGUUGUAUGGAUUCCCUACUCAUGUGAACGUGUCUGAUGUGAAGAGAUUUGUAGAGAAGCUUACUGGUGAAGGAAGUGUCUUUGCUAUGAAGGUUAGAGUAGGCAAAGGCCGGAGUCCUAGAGCGUUUGCAAUUAUUCAAUUCACUGCUGCUAAACAUGCUACAUAUAUGAUGGCGUUACUUAGCGGAAAUCCGUCGGCAUUGUGGUAUGGGAGCUCCUAUUUAAAAGUCCGGGAAAUGGAAAGGGAUAUUGAUUCGAAGCCAAAGGAAGUUGAAGACAGUUUGGAUGAUGUGAAACUGUACUUUGGCUGUCAGAUUUCGAAGGAAAGAUUCUCCGUUUUAUGGAUAAAGGAGGAUGUUUCUGUAGUUUUUGGGAGUGGAACGAGAAAAUGGCGUUUCUCUAUGCGCCAUGGUGAUAAGAAGUUCAGACUUGACCUUUCGUAUGAGAACAUUUGGAAGAUUGAGCUACGUCAACCACGGGGUGAAAUUGUAAAGUAUCUCCUGAUACAGUUAAUUGGUGCUCCUCGGGUUUUUGAGCUUUAUAUUCCUACUUCAACAAGUGCAACAAGUGUAUAUGAUGAUCCUUUGAUGAACUAUUGUAGAGAUGACCAAUGGAUCCGUGCAAUAGAUUUCACUCCUUGCAGCUGUAUUGGUCAGUCUUCUGUUUUAUGCCUAGAGCUUCCUAGUGACAGAGAUUUACCGAAUUUCCGGGAAAACUUUGCACAUUAUGAGGAAAGUGAUGGUCAAUACAGAUUGGAGAGUGGAUCACCUUUUUCAUCCAAUCCGGAUAUUGUUCCCAUGGUUGCUCCUCCUCGAGGAAUUCAAAUUCCAUUUGACAUCUUGUUCAAAGUUAAUUCGUUGGUUCAGCACGGGUGUCUUUCAGGUUCUGAACUCGAUAAUGAUUUCUACCGUCUAGUUGAUCCACUUAAAAUAAAUGUCGUGUAUAUCGAGCAUGCUUUAGAAAGGAUGUUCUUUUCAAAGGAUUUCUGUUAUGAACCUGCAAGAUGGCUGAAAGAUCAGUACAGACUUAGUGCAAAAAACCCGCCUCGGUCACCAUCUAUAUCGUUGGAUAACGGAUUGGUAUAUGUUCGCAGGGUUCAGAUAACACCAUGCAAAGUAUACUUUUCUGGUCCAGAGAUUAAUGUCUCGAAUCGUGUUCUCCGCCAUUUCCAUGAGCAUAUUGAUAACUUUCUGCGUGUUUCAUUUGUUGACGAGGAAAUGGAUAAACUGUAUUCAGCAGAUUUAUCCACACGUAUUUCUGAGAUUGGGAAAACUGAGAUAUACUGUAGGAUUCUUUCCAUCCUUAGAAAUGGCUUAGAUAUUGGUGGUAGGAAGUUUGAAUUUCUUGCUUUCUCAUCUAGUCAGUUGCGUGAAAAUUCGCUAUGGAUGUUUGCUCGUACAACAACUGGAGUUACUGCCAAUUCCAUAAGGGAAUGGAUGGGAGAUUUUAGCCGGAUAAAAAAUGUGGCUAAAUAUGCUGCUAGACUCGGACAAUCUUUUGGUUCAUCUACUGAAACUCUAAGCGUCAGCAGAUACGAAAUUGAGACUAUUCCUGAUGUGAAGGUUAAAAAUACUGAAUAUGUCUUCUCUGAUGGAAUUGGGAAAAUAUCUCUUGAGCUUGCCAGGAGAGUGGCUAAAAAAUGUGGUUAUGAUUCUAUGCCAUCCGCCUUUCAGAUUCGGUACGGCGGGUACAAAGGAGUUGUGGCUGUUGAUCCAACCUCAUAUUGGAAGUUGUCACUGAGGGAGAGCAUGCACAAGUAUGAUUCAGAGAAUGAAAAACUUGAUGUUUUAGCAUGUAGUAAGGUUCAGCCUUGUUAUCUGAAUCGACAAUUGAUUACUCUCUUAUCAACUCUCGAUGUCAAGGACAGUGUUUUCGAGAAAAGACAGAAAGAAGCUGUUGAUCAACUCAACACUAUACUAACAGAUUCAACAAAGGCACAUGAGGUUUUGGACUUGAUGUCUUCCGGGGAGGUCACUAAUAUUCUGAAGGAGAUGCUUAUUUGUGGCUACAAGCCUAAUGUUGAACCAUUUCUAUCAAUGAUGCUGCAGACAUUUAGGGCAUCAAAGUUAUUGGAAUUGCGACAAAAAACUAGGAUAUUUAUUCCAAAGGGAAGAGCAAUGAUGGGUGUUCUAGAUGAAACUAAAACCCUUGAAUAUGGUGAAGUUUUUGUUCAAUAUUCUUACGACAGGUUCAGCAACCAUUCUCAUGUAGUUAAAGGCAAGGUCGUAGUAGCGAAAAACCCCUGCUUGCACCCGGGUGAUGUUCGUGUUUUGAAGGCUGUUGAUGUGCCAGAUUUGCGCCACAUGGUGGAUUGUGUUGUUUUCCCUCAAAAAGGUCACAGGCCACAUCCAAAUGAAUGCUCGGGAAGUGAUCUUGACGGGGACAUCUACUUUGUUUGUUGGGAUUCUGAAUUGAUUCCACCUAAAACAAUUGAUCCAAUGGAGUAUGAUACUGCCCAACCUAAAGUAUUGGAUCAUGAUGUUGAGAUUGAGGAAGUGGAAGAGUAUUUUGCAAAUUACUUGGUCAAUGACAGUCUUGGAAUAAUUGCCAAUGCACACACUGUCCAUGCAGAUAGAGAGCCCGAAAAAGCAAUGUCUGAUCCAUGUAUUAGACUUGCAAAACUGUUCUCAGUAGCAGUUGACUUCCCUAAAACUGGUAUUCCAGCAGAAAUACCCCGCGAACUUUUCGCCAAAGAAUAUCCAGACUUCAUGGAGAAGCAUGACAAAACAACCUACAGAUCAGAAAAUGUAAUAGGAAAACUUUUUAGAGAAAUUCAAGGAAUUUCAACAAAAGAUGGUUCUAUUACAUCCUUCACAUUUGAACUGGCUAAAAAGUCGUACGAUCCCGACAUGGAAUUCGACGGCUUUAUGGAUUAUGUCGAUGAUGCCUUCUAUUACAAAUCCAAUUAUGACUACAAGUUGGGAAAUCUGAUGGACUACUACGGUAUCAAAACUGAAUCAGAAAUUCUAAGUGGGAAUAUCAUGAAAAUGUCGAAAUCUUUCACCAAAAGAAGGGAUGCUGAUGCGAUAACUAUGGCUGUAAGGUCCCUAAGGAAAGAGGCGAGGAGUUGGUUCAAUGACGGUUCAGAUUCUGGAGGUGAUGAUGCAUAUGCAAAAGCUUCUGCUUGGUAUCAUGUCACUUACCAUCAUAGUUACUAUGGUUUGUACAAUGAAGGUAUGAAGAGGGACCAUUUUCUAAGCUUUCCAUGGUGCGUUUACCAUUUGCUUGUCCAAAUCAAGAAGGGGAAUGCAAGCAUGAGGAUGCAUUCUAGCAUGGAGCAAAGUUUCAGCCGCAGGUUGCGUCUUGAUUAACAAUUCUGGUCUUAGUUAUUGAACUUUGCAUGUACAUACUUGUGGUAAUGUUGAGUUGAUACAGUUUUAAGUAUGAUGCAAACUCAUCAGUGAUGUUAUUAUUCGUGAGUUUUUCUCUAUGUUUCUUAUUUUGAUUGUAAAUAUGACUAAGACUCAUCAGUGGUAUUAUUCAUGCGCUUUCUCUAUCUACUUAUUUUCUUCUUUGUGAUAAAUUAGUUGUCUAUGGAAUGAAUGA